AUGAACCCUGAUUGCAUACCCUCACCUACAGAAUUACCUUCGUCUCUUUUGGCAAAUGACGCACAUGCGGACACUUCAAUUCUCUUGCAUUCUAUUUCGCUGGCGACUCUAGUCUUUACAAUCAUUGCUUCUGGUAUUAUCACGAUCUGGAAUCGAUACGUUAUACACCAAGCACCAUUAGCAUGGCGAAAGUCAUUUUCACGUUUACGGGGGAUGCCUCAGGGAAGGCAACUAGAAACAAACCAGCGAUUAAUUGGUCGAUCACCUCAUUCCAACCCUGCACCACUAUGCUCCAUAAUUUCCACAUCUCCACGGUCAUCGCUCACUUCUCGUGUGCACAAUCUGCACCAAAUUGAACAACAGGAAUCCACAAAGACACCAUCUCUUGGAAUUAAAAAUAGCAAGUUUAAAAUGACUAGAGAGCACAUGGCUAAUGCCUCAUUUGAAGAGAAAUUCGGGCUCUUGUUACUCGGCGUCGAUGACGAUGAUUGGAGGGAAAGUCUGGGAUCAUAUUAUUACGAGGACCAUGAAUAA